AUGCGGAUAUCAUAUCUAAAUAGUUCUACCUCCCAACAGGUAACCAGCUUGACCACAGAAGUCCGACGUCUUCGCGAACAGAUCGAAGACACACGAAACAAGAGCGCCGAACACGAACGCGAAACACAACGAACCAUCUCGCAGCUCUUGGCCGACGUGGAGAGCGCCGACGAAGCAGUAGAGCUCCUAGAAGCGGACCUCAGGCGAGCUGAAGAGACGCUGACGGAGAUGAAGACGGCGACUCAAGAGCUCUUCGACCUGAUGCAGUGCGACCCACAGCCGGUGGUGGCUAUUGUGGGUGGAGGAGAAAUCACCAGUGCGUCUGUGUCCGUCUACCUGUCCGUGGUAGAACAACGUGUCCACGAAGUCCUGCAGUUGAGACAGUUCCUGCUGGCGGAGGAGCUGGGUCCAGGAUCAGGGUUCGGGGACGACCUCCCACACGACGAUGGAUCCGAAGGGAGGUCUUCGUCGGCCUCCUCCACGCGCCUCGUCCUGCCCAUUGGGAAACCCCAGUUGAGCCACGCUGCACAUGCCAACGACGAGGAGCCAGUAAACGGAGGUCCUCUCACCCAUGUGGACCUCAUGUCCAACAUGAGGAGGUUCAUUCCAGACUCAGGCGAUAAUUAAGGAGUUAUCAGACGCAGUUAUAUAUUUAUAAAUAUUAAUACGAGUAGAUACUGCAAUUUAGAUAGAUAUAUAGAUAGAUAGAGAGAGAGAGAGAGAGAAAGAGUAAUCGUUUGUCUGUUCGACAAACUACAUUAGGAUUGAAAACUGACAUGAAGUUACUUUGCUAAAUCACUUCUUACAAGCUGAAAUAAGAUAUACUGCAAAUACGAAAACAAUAAAUGCAAAGAUAUACACGAGAACGGAAAAAAUAAAGAAGCAGAGAGAGAAUGAGGGAGAAGUAUGAUAAAAAUGAUAGAAACAUACGGAAAGAAGAGAGAAAAAUCUGGAAUUUCUUUUUAUGUCUGUGUCUGUGUUUGUGUGUAACCUACUAGUGCUUAUUGCUUAAGUAACUGACACUUUAUUCCAACAUCUACAUACAUACCCUCUGUAACAUUAAUUCCUUAGAGGAAUAAAUAAUAUCACAACCGUAA